AUGGCCGCACCUAUCGCACAUUUCGACGAGGAUUGGCCGAACCUGGGUGCAGUGAACAUGGUUUCAGAGGACCGGCUGCAGCUGCCGCAGAAAGGCCGCUCCGCCGCCGCCGCCGCCGCCGCGGGGGAAGCUCCGCCGCAGCUCCUCCUGGAUGAUGAUGAUCUUCCGGAGCUGCACGACGGCAGCUUCUCCCCGGGGGACAGCGGCGGGUUCAGGUCUAUGGAGGACCUGGUGAACGAUUUUGACGAGAAGUUGUCCGUGUGCUUCCGAAAUUUCGACGCCGAGACGGACAGCAUCGCUCCAGUGAGCGCGAUCAGCGAGGACGCGCUGCUGGAGAAAGACGAAAUCUGGAACGCUUUAACCAGCAACUAUGGCCGCGUGAUGCCGGUGGACUGGAAACAGUCGCGAACAUGCUCCCUCCACCUCCCCAACCUGGAGGAGAAACCCAGGAAGGCAGAUGUCGCGGCGGAGCAGUCGGACGAUGAGGAGCUGAGGGAGCAGCUGGACAUGCACUCCAUCAUCGUCUCCUGCCUCGCCGAGGAGCCUCUGUUCACGGCCGAACAGGUUAUCGAGGAGAUCGAGGAAAUGAUGCAGGACUCUCCAGACAUGGAGGCAGCGCACAAUCCGUCGCAGUCAGACCUGUCGAUGCUCUCUCUGGACGUCCAGCGGUCCAGUGGCAACCCCGACUACGAGGAGAGGGUGAGGAGCAUGAACGUCGCGGAGCUGAACGAGCGUCUGGAGGAGACGGAGGCGAACAUCAGGAGGUUUUCGGAGGAGCUGGUGCAGCAGCUGGCACUCAGGGACGAGCUGGACUUUGAGAAAGAGGUGAAGAACAGUUUCAUCUCGGCGCUCAUCGACGUUCAAAACCGGCAGAAGGAGCACCGGGAGUCGCUGAAGAAGAAGAAGAAGCUGAAAGGUGGAGCCGGGACAUCGCAGAGCCUCGCAGAGAAAACACUCGGAUCACGUUUCAGUGUGGAGGGACUCUCCUCUGUUAUUCAAAACAGCUUCCGGCAAACCUUUGGGAGCGGGUGCAGUGAAAGACAGUAUUUGACCACAGUCAUCCCUUAUGAGAAAAAGGGACAUCCUCCUUCGAUUGAAGACCUCCAGAUCCUGACCAAAAUUCUACAAGCGAUGAGGGACGACAGCGACAAGGUGCCCAGUCUCUUAACAGACUAUAUUCUCAAAGUGCUUUGCCCGACGUAGGCCAGAGGGACGGUGCCCGACGGUCUGCAGAACGUUUACCACGGUGACCACAUGAGGAGGACUCAUUGUAUUUUUUCGCAAACACAAAGCACACUUAAUUUAUUCCUGCAUGUUUUUACCUCUGUGUUUUUGUGUGUGUGUGUGUGUUUUCUGAUUUCCAUUCAGUUGUAUUUAUUUUGAAUUGUGAUUUUGCAAACCCUUGUGUAGACGACUCCUGUGAAUUUUGACUAUUAUUUUUGUGCGUUUUUAAUUUUGUUACUGUGAAAAUGUAUUCCAAACCUGAGAAAUGAUACGAGGCGGUUAUAGAGCAGAGCUGAAGAGCUUUGCAUUUAUCAUAAGUGCUCAGCGCAGAAUGACAGAAGUUGCAGUAUUAGAGGCGACGAAUCAAAUCCUGUGAACAGAAGAGUACUUUAAGAUUUUAAAAGAAGUGUUACAGCAGUUAAUUUCAGUAAAAACAAAUACAUCAGUUAGUUACCUUAAACCAGCGUUCACAAACACGAUGCAAAACUUCAUCCACAGCUUUCCUUGUAGCUGCAGACACAGUGUACCACCAGCUCUCAUCUCAGCGCUACACCCAACACACCAUCAUUAUUAUUUAAUGGAAGAUAACGACUCGACGUCUGAGGUGAUGCACUCUGGGCUCGUAUGAACUAAUUAACUAACUAUGCAUUUGAAUUGCGACCCAUGCACUGUCUGUACUUUCUGACUGGAGCUCUGAAUCAGAGCCUCGUCGUGCCUACGGGGCAGCGAACACCACGAUGGGCAUUGUUACUCUCUGUGUGACUUUAACAAGCUGCCUUUGCCUUUGCCUGAACUUUUGUACAUUAUGAAAGACUUAUUUUCAAUGAAUGUCAAACGACUCGGAGAACAUGCUUCACUGUGUAUUUAUUUUGUAAAUAUUGUAUUUCAAAUACAUUGAUAAAACCUCA